CUCUCCCCUCCUCCUUCACGCGUGGUCCAUUGUCGUCGGCGGUUUGUAGCACGCAAUUGCAUCCAAUUGAGCUAUCAUGGCGAAGCACAGCCUGGACGUCGAGAACGGCGACCCCGAGCGGGAGCGCACCUACUCCAAAGUCGACUACUCAGAGCUCGACGAGUACAGCGCGCUGCAGAAGUACAUCACGACCUACCGCGACCCCAAAGCUGCUGCCGCCGAUGACGAGGCUGGCGCGAAGGCCGAUGCCGCCGACGCGGCCAAGGCCCGGCCAUGGUGGGCGUUCUGGAGAGCUGGAAACAGCCCCAAUGCCCAGGGCAAGGAUGCUGGCGUGGUGCCCGCGGAGUGGCUCAACACCGACAUCAAGCAGGGCAUCAAGUCCAGCGUCGUGGAGGAGAGGCGCCGCCGCCUCGGUGCCAACGAGCUCACCAGCGAGAAGGAGAACAUGUUCCUGAAGUUCCUCUCCUUCUUCACUGGCCCAAUUCUUUACGUCAUGGAACUCGCUGUCCUGCUCGCUGCUGGUCUUCGUGAUUGGGUCGACAUGGGUGUCAUCAUCGGUAUCCUGAUUCUCAACGCCAUUGUCGGUUGGUACCAGGAGAAGCAAGCGGCCGACGUCGUCGCCAGUCUCAAGGGCGACAUCGCCAUGAAGGCUACUGUCAUUCGCGAUGGCCAAGAAGUUGGCAUCCUCGCUCGGGAGAUCGUCGCCGGUGAAAUCGUUGUCCUUGAAGAAGGCCAGACUGUACCCUGCGACGCCAGACUCAUCUGCGACUAUGACACCCCGGAAGACUUCGAGAAGUUCGUCAAGAUGAAGGAGGAUGACCAGUUUGCCGCCGACUCCGAUCCAGAUGACGAGAAGAAGGACGACUUGGACGACAACGAGAACGAGGACUACGGCGAGGAGAACCACCCCAAGGGAGGCCCUUCCAUCAUCGCUGUUGACCAGUCUGCCAUUACCGGAGAAUCGCUUGCCGUCGACAAAUACAUGGGCGAUGUCUGCUACUACACCACUGGCUGCAAGCGCGGCAAGGCCUACGCUAUCUGCACUACCUCCGCUCCUCACUCUUUCGUCGGCCGAACUGCCAGUCUCGUUCAGGGUGCUAAGGACCAAGGUCAUUUCAAGGCUAUCAUGAACUCCAUUGGUACGGCGCUGCUCGUCCUCGUCGUUUUCUUCAUCUUGAUCUCCUGGAUUGGCGGUUUCUUCCAUCACUUGAAGAUUUCUACUCCCGAGGACUCAUCGGAGAACUUGCUGCAUUACGCUCUUAUCCUCUUGAUCGUCGGUGUGCCAGUCGGUCUGCCUGUUGUUACAACCACCACUCUCGCUGUCGGAGCUGCCUACUUGGCCAAGCAAAAGGCUAUUGUCCAGAAGCUCACUGCCAUUGAAUCGCUUGCCGGUGUCGACGUCCUCUGCUCUGAUAAGACAGGUACUUUGACCGCUAACCAGCUUUCCAUCCGCGAGCCCUACGUCGCCGAAGGCCAAGAUGUCAACUGGAUGAUGGCCGUUGCCGCUCUCGCCUCUUCGCACAACCUCAAGUCGCUGGACCCCAUCGACAAAGUCACCAUUCUGACCAUGAAGCGCUACCCCAAGGCUCGUGAGAUCCUCCAGCAGGGAUGGAAGACUGAGAAGUUCAUGCCCUUCGACCCCGUCUCCAAGCGUAUCACUACCAUCUGCCACAUGGGCGGCGACAAGUACGUCUGCGCUAAGGGUGCCCCCAAGGCCAUUCUCACCCUUUCAAACUGCGACAAGGAGACUGCCGAUCUGUUCAAGAACAAGGCCACUGAGUUCGCUCGCCGUGGUUUCCGAUCCCUCGGUGUUGCUUACCAGAAGAACGACGGUGACUGGAUCCUCCUCGGCUUGCUCUCCAUGUUCGACCCCCCUCGUGAGGAUACCGCGCAGACCAUCAUCGAAGCUCAACAGCUCGGUGUGCCCGUCAAGAUGCUUACUGGUGACGCUAUCGCUAUCGCUAAGGAAACUUGCAAGAUGCUGGCUCUCGGUACCAAGGUCUACAACUCCCAGAAGCUUAUCCAUGGUGGUCUCUCCGGAACUACUCAGCACGACUUAGUUGAACGUGCCGACGGUUUCGCUGAAGUUUUCCCCGAACACAAGUACCAGGUCGUCGAGAUGCUUCAACAAAGAGGCCAUCUUACUGCUAUGACUGGUGACGGUGUCAACGACGCUCCCUCCCUCAAGAAGGCUGAUUGUGGUAUUGCCGUCGAAGGUGCCUCCGAAGCCGCUCAAGCCGCCGCCGAUAUUGUCUUCCUCGCCCCCGGUCUUAGCACCAUUGUUCUCGCCAUCAAGACUGCCCGCCAAAUUUUCCAGCGCAUGAAGGCCUACAUUCAAUACCGUAUCGCGCUCUGCUUGCACUUGGAGAUCUACCUCGUCACUUCUAUGCUUAUCAUCAACGAGACCAUCCGUGUCGAGCUGAUCGUCUUCAUUGCCCUCUUCGCUGAUUUGGCCACUGUCGCCGUCGCCUACGAUAACGCAUACUCGGAAGAACGUCCCGUCGAAUGGCAGCUACCAAAGAUCUGGAUCAUCUCCGUCAUUCUCGGCGUAAUCCUCGCGCUCGGCACCUGGGUCAUUCGUGGCUCCAUGUACCUGCCCAACGGUGGUGUUGUCCAGAACUUCGGCUCAGUCCAGGAAAUCCUCUUCCUCGAAGUCUCGCUUACUGAGAACUGGCUCAUCUUCGUUACCCGUGGCGGCAAGACGUGGCCCUCGUGGCAGCUCGUCGGCGCUAUCCUCGGUGUUGAUGCCCUCGCUACCGUCUUCUGCGCUUUCGGCUGGCUCUCCGGCGGACCCCCACACGCUACCCACCCAUCGGACCACUGGCACCAACGCCAGGACGGCUGGACUGACAUCGUCACCAUCGUUGUCAUCUGGGGUUACUCCAUCGGUGUUACCAUCGUCAUUGCUAUCGUCUACUAUCUUCUCAACCGCAUAUCCUGGCUCGACAACUUGGGCCGCAAGAACCGCAGCCACAAGGACCCGGCCAUUGAGAACAUGAUUGCUGCCCUCAGCAAGCUUGCUCUUGAGCAUGGUACCGACAAGCAUGGCAACGAGAGGUAUAUCCUCGCGACCAAGGCGGCUGAGGAAGAAGAAGAUGACUAGUUGGGUGGGAUGUAGAGCAACUAGAAAGGAGAGAUUAGGAGAGGAGAGAGGAGAGAGAGUUGUGCAUAAUCAGGAGGUAUGCAGAGUUGUCGUAAACACUGUAUAUAUAUCCUCUUUGAGUGCUUUUUAGAGUUUGUAAUGAAAUAGAAAUAAAAUCUUCAAAAUCAAAAGUCUUUCGCCACUUCAGGCGUGAAAUAUUGAAAUAUGGGUCAGAGAGUCAAUAAUCAUCUCAAAUUAUUGUGAUACAAAGACAGAAGUGUGGAAGUGUCCGAGAAGGCGGUUCAUGUUGGGAGGCUGGAUCCAUUCUUACCACGUGCUCUGUGUCUAGUUUAGGGCUAGUGUAUCAUUAGUCUGAUCUCCCCUCCGCCUCAGGGUCCAAGGGUCUCGAACUCC